AUGGAAAAACUCAAGACACUCCUCAUCGCCAACCGGGGCGAAAUUGCGGUAGAUACGCUGACAUCAUCAUCAUCAACAUUGCAGGUCCGCAUCUGCAAGACAGCCAGGAAGCUCAACAUCAGAACUAUCGCAAUCUAUUCAGAAGCCGAUGCCGCAUCGCAGCACGUUCGUGAUGCUGAUGAAGCAGUCUUGCUGCCGGGGAGCAAUGCGACGGCUUACACAGAGGAAGAGUCGAUCUUGCGAAUAGCGAAGGAGAAAGGCGCAGACGCCAUCAUUCCUGGAUACGGAUUCUUGUCGGAAAAUGCGCACUUUGCGCGACUGGUUGGUGAUGCUGGCAUUGCAUGGGUAGGACCAACACCCGAGUCAAUUGAGGCAUUCGGGAUCAAGCACACAGCCAGAGCGCUAGCCGAGGAAGCAAACGUUCCGAUCGUGCCAGGCACCAAAGGUCUAGUCGAAGAUGAAGAUGCGGCGAUCAAAGAAGCGGAGCGAAUUAAGUUUCCUGUGAUGCUUAAGGCGACCGGUGGCGGCGGUGGCAUGGGCCUUAUCACCUGCAACAAGGUGGAAGAAGUACGCGAGGGUUUUCGAAUGGUACAGUCGCGAGGCAAGACUCUAUUCAAGAACCCUGGCGUUUUUAUCGAGGCUUUCUACCCUGCAAGUCACCACAUCGAAGUGCAAGUUUUUGGGAACGGCCAGGGCCAGGCGAUCCACUUUGGCGAGCGCGAAUGUUCGAUACAAAGACGGCACCAGAAGGUCAUCGAGGAAUGUCCGAGCCCGUUCGUAGAGAAACGGCCCGAUCUACGAGCGAAGUUGGGCGAUGCAGCUGUACGCCUGGCCGAGUCAAUCAAGUACGGGUCGGCUGGAACUAUUGAAUACCUGGUAGAUGACAAGUCUGGUGACUUUUUCUUCUUAGAGAUGAACACACGACUUCAGGUCGAGCAUGGAAUCACUGAGCUUUGCUAUGAUGUUGACCUGGUGGAGCUCAUGCUGAGGCAGGCAGAUGCGCAGUUGACAGGCCAGAACGGGCUCGACGGCACCACACUCAAGCAGAUGCAACCAGCUGGACCGUCUGGUUCCGCAAUCGAGGCUCGUGUGUACGCAGAAAAUCCGCUGAAGGACUAUGCGCCCUCCCCAGGUCUGCUCCAGAAAGUUGAGUGGAAGACCGUAUCUGGCAGUCGCGUUGACACCUGGGUCUUCACCGGUUCUCGCAUCACGCCCAACUACGACCCUCUCAUAGCAAAGGCCAUGGUCUAUCGCCCAUCUCGUGAUGACGCUAUCACGGGAAUGCACGAACUCCUCACUCAAUCGGCCAUCUGUGGGCCACCCACGAACCUCGAGUUUUUGGCCAACAUUGUGGAGGAUCCACGCUUCCGCGCGGGCAACACCAUGACCAGUUUCCUUCGGGACUUCAAUUACGCUCCUCACGCGAUCGAUGUAAUUUCUGCUGGUGCCUACACCCUCAUACAAGACCUCCCUGGAAGGCCGACAGUGGGCAAAGGUAUACCGCACUCCGGACCCAUGGAUCCAAUGGCAUUUCAGAUUGCCAAUCUUCUUGUUGGGAAUCCACGUGGAAAGGAGGGUCUCGAGAUUACCCUGAGCGGUCCCGAACUACGUUUCGUAACCCCCGCUAUUGUGGCUCUAUGCGGUGCGCCCAUGGAAGCAUCCUUAGACGACAACGAGUUUCCCAUGUGGACUAGCGUCAAGAUCGAAGCAGGAGCCAGACUCAAGAUCGGCAAAACGACGGGCGGUGGAUGUCGCUCAUACCUAGCUGUGUACGGCGGCUUCCCUUCCGUUGCAAGCUACUUCGGCUCCAAGUCGACCUCUCCGCUCGUUGCUAUAGGUGGCUAUCAGGGACGAGCGCUCGCACGGGGCGAUCUAUUGCAGAUCUCAGAUUAUAUCCCUGAACACUUCGUGUGUAUGUCUCUACCAGAACAUCUUCGCAUGAGCUACAGAAACGAUUGGGAAAUAUCGGCUAUGGUUGGGCCACAUGAUGAAGGCUAUUUCGCACCUGAGUUCAUCAAAACCAUUUACGACACGAAGUGGAAGGUUUCUCACAAUGCGUCGCGCAGUGGCAUCCGCCUCAUCGGACCUGUGCCAAAGUGGGCGCGCGCCGAUGGUGGCGAAGGAGGCGCCCACCCAAGCAAUCUCAUUGAGUAUGGCUACCCACUGGGCACAUUAAAUUGGACCGGCGAUGAUCCGUGUAUCUUUCCUGUGGAUUGUCCCAACUUUGGCGGCUUCACCAGUAGUACGACUGUGAUCAAGGCGGACUGGUGGAAGCUUGGGCAGAUCAAAGCAGGAAACACUGUCAAGUAUGUCCGGUUCGGAUUACAGGAUGCGCUCAAGAAAAGGAAGCGGAACGAUGACUUCCUUGACUCGGUUGCCAAAGCUAUCGAGGCCAACAAUGGUUUCAAGGGCAUAGAGAGCCUGCAAAACAACCAUAUCAGCUUCCACGAGGGUGAAAUAGGAAAGGCUGUAAUCUGGGAAAAAGAAGCCGACGUCACGACGCCCAGAGUUCGCUAUCGUCAAGGUGGCGAUGACCAUAUUCUCGUCGAGUAUGGUGAUGAGUCCUUCGACCUGAACCACAGGUGCCGUGUCACUGCCCUGGAAAACACUUUGAAUUCAGAGGCGACUCCUGAUGAUAUCAAACUAAACCUGCUCAACACCGUUGGCUGCUGCACCACAUUACUGGUCUAUUACAAUGGUGCCAAGCUUCCCCGGUCGGAUCUUGUCGCCUAUCUUAAAGACGUGGAAUCGAAAUUGGGCGACUUGCGCUCUACUAAAGUACCAACCCGCAUCUUUAAGCUCCCGAUCUCGUUCGAAUCGAAACUCCAAGACGAAGCGACUCAGCGCUACAUGACUAAUCAACGCCCACAUGCCCCGUAUCUGCCCGAUAAUCUGGCGUUCGUGGCAAAGAACAACGCAUUCACACCGCAGCAACUCAAAGACAUCUAUCUCAGUGGCCAGUUUAUGGCCGUCGUUGUCGGCUUCUUUUGUGGCAACACGGUCUCACUACCUGUGGAUCCACGGCAGCGUAUUUCCGCACCCAAGAUGAACCCGAGCCGCGUGUUCACGCCCGAGGGAACAGUCGGUUGGGCGGGUAGCUGCAUGUCAAUCUACCCUGUCGAUUCGCCAGGUGGAUAUCAAAUGACCGGUCGUACAGUGCCGUGCUGGGACUACUAUUCUUACAAACCUGGCUUCACCGAACGGCCAUGGAUCUUCCGCGACUUCGACAUCCUCACAUUCUAUCAGGUAAGUGAGCAGGAGCUUGAUGUUCUGCUCGGCAAGUUCAGGGCCGGUAAGUAUGCUUGGGAGUAUGACGAGAUUGAGUUCGAUAUGGCCGAACACAACAAGUUAAUCGAGCAGACCAUGGAAGAGGUAAAGAAGAUCAGAGCAAAGCAGGCCAUGGCACAAGAAGAGAUGACAAAGGCAGAGAACGAGAGCUUGGAGCGCUGGCGGAAAGAGAAAGCGGAAAGUCAGAUCGAUGAAGGUACCGUGGAGAAACUACUAGAUGACCCGAAUAUCGUCAGUGUGGAAGCGCCCGUCGAUGCGAAUGUGUGGAAGGUCGAGGCAAAAGAAGGGGACGAAGCAGGCGAAGAGACGGUAAUUGUGAUUCUAGAAGCGAUGAAGCUCGAGAUCUCAGUCAAGCCACCGGAGCCAGCAACAAAGGCUGGGAAGUUGAAGGUUGAGAAAUUGCUGGUGAAGCCAGGCGACACAGUGAUGGCUGGUGGCCAUCUCGCAUUGUUGAGGCGUAGUUGA